CCAGUUGAGCACGUGGAGUCUGGCAUCACACCCGUUGCGGACUUCAUUCCUAAGGAGACUGCAAGUACCUCACAUCCGACGCCGCCACCUGAUGAGCCUCUUGUCACCGGCUCCGCAGACAUUGAUGUGACGAUGGCCAACGUGUCAUCCGAGCCAGAGCCGGCGUCGGCGCCUGUGCCCUUACCACUCCCGGCGCAAGCAGAACAGAGCCUUGUUCGACCUCGCGAAGAUGAUGACGAUGACGAGCCCGCGGCGAAACGUAGUAGAGUAACGGAUGAGCCCAUUACCGAGCCUGCUCGUCCGGACUCCACACUUCCCGUCCGAACAGCCGACAUUGAUGCUGACAUUGCAAUGGAUGCAGCUCCUGCCAAUGAAACAUCAUCAGCUCCCACACCUGCCCAGACAGACGCACCAGCCGUCGAGCAGGUCACGGCCACAAUCGCCGAACCCUCGUUUGAGCCGCCCAGCGCACCCAUCGCCGACGUGGCCGCCGCACCCGUUCUGUCUUCCUCAGAAGCACCAGUGAAAGAUGAAGUGGCUCCCGCGGAAGAGCUACCAUCCGGCCCACUUGUCGAGCCAUCGGCGGACACAGUGCCGGCGGCUCCCUCUGUCCCGGAGACUCCCGUUGCUGCGACGCCUGCAGAAAUGGCACCUCCAGCCGUGGCUCAGCCCGCCACAACCGAACCCUUGAGGCCUGUAUACAGCACCGAACCGAUGACUGCCGUUCAGAAGGCUUAUCUGCUGGACAAGACAAAGAACCUGAAAAAGACCAAGCAUUCAUUCUCUUUUCUCCGCGCUGUUGACCCUGUCGCCCUCAACAUUCCUACGUAUCCGGACAUCAUCAAGAAUCCCAUGGAUCUCGGUACUUUGGAGAACAAGCUCAAGGACGACAAAUACGGGUCGGUCCAGGCAUUCGUUGAUGAUUUCGACCUGAUCAUCUCCAACUCUCGACGUUUCAACGGAGACCACCACGUCGUGACCCAGGCUGGGUUCGCGAUGGAAGCAUACUUCAAACGAGUGAUGGAAAGCGUUCCAGGUCCAAACGAACUAGCUCCGGUGAAGCAAAAGUCGAGGUCACCUUCCAUUGCAACCGAGAAGCCGCGACGCGAGCCUCGAGCGGCCACAUUGCCAGCACCUCCACCCGCCGCCGCCGCCGCAACCACACCUGCCGAAGCUUUUGCCCUCCAGCCAGACGGAACUCCACAAAUCCGACGUCAGUCAAGUAUGAGCAACCGUCCGGCCCGCACCAUCAAGCCUCCACAGAAUCGCGAAAUUGCCUACUCGAAGCCGAAGAGGAAGGAGCAUCAGUUGGAGCUGCGCUUCUGCGAGCAUGUGCUGGAGGAGCUGCGCAGUCCGAAGUACGCCGGCAGCAAUCAAGUCUUCCUUUGGCCCGUGGAUCCCGUGGCGCUGAACAUUCCAAACUACCGCCAGAUCGUGAAGACUCCAAUGGACUUGUCCACGAUGUCGCAGAAGCUGAAAGGUGGUCUGUAUGCCACUGCGGAGGAGUUCAGGAAGGACUUUGACCUGAUGAUCAAGAACUGCUUGACAUUCAAUCCCAUCGGCAAUCCCGUCCACGACCUUGGCGUGCAGUUCCAGCGGCACUUUGAGGAGCUGUGGCACGAUAAGGAGAAGUGGGAGCGCAAGAACCAACCAGCAUCAAACCGUGCGUCUUCCGCGUCUGCGGACGAUGAGAGCGGCGCCGAGGACGAGGAGGAAGAGGAGGACGAGGGCCCCGCCGACCAGAGCGCCACGAUUCGCGCGCUCCAGAAGCAGCUUGCCGAGAUGCAAAAUGCUCUGUCGGGAUUCGUUGGCGAGAAGCCCAAGACCAAGAAGCCCAAGUCCGCGAAGACCGGUGGCGGCAAAAAGCAGCAGGGCGGUUCAGGGUCAUCUGCUCCUGGCAAGAAAUCGUCCAAGGCGGCGGCCAAGCCGAAGAAGCAGCGCGUAGUCACCUACGAGGAGAAACAAGAGAUCUCCGAGGCGGUCAACAAGAUGAACGAAGGGCAGAUCUCCACACUCACCAGCAUCAUCACUGAGAACUGUGAGAAGUACCGUAACAUGGACGACAUGGAGCUGGAGAUUGACGACUUGCCCAACUACGUUCAAGCCUUGUUGCUUGAUUAUGUGCGCAAGCUCUUCCCCAAGAAGAAGGCCCGCGAAGCGUCGCCCGAUGACGCCGCCGCUCUCGACGAUGACGACUACGAAGAGAGGGGCGGCGGUCGAGGUGGCAAGCGCAAGAAGCACCGGCCCAUGGGCAAGAAGGAGCAGCAGGACACCAUCAACAACAUCAAGAACAAGUUGGCGCAGUUCUCUCAGCCGGGCUUCAGCGGGAGCGAGUCGCCCACGAACUCCAGCUUCAAUGCCGCCAACGCGCAAGUGGACACAUCGGGUGAUGAGGAGUCGGAGGAGUCGGAGGAGGAGUAG